AGAAGGAGAAACAAAACGGUAGUCCUCCUUGGGCAGUGGGAUAAGAGUCAUCAUUAAUGACCUUAAAGAUUCACUUUAAUACAAAAGCAAAACUAAACAUGAAGCAUUUCCCUCCGCCCCGACCUUUCUCUUCUCAGCUUGAAACACUUACAGAAAUAAGUCACAGUCUAUUUUUCCUUCCCCAAACCGAACUUCAGUAUUAAGAAAAAAAGAAAACAAAUGCAAUGGACAUCUACCAAAUCCUGAACUCUAAUCAACCUCCGACAUCAAACGACAAAAGGGGACAAACAUUUUUGCAGAGAAAUGGAAACAAAGCAUGGAAGAGAUAAACUAUGCACAACUCGUGAAUCUGGGAACGAAACGCAAAAAGGGGCAAUAAAUUUACCGGAUCGGGGUACUUUGGAGCAGAUGAACAGAUUAGGGUUUUCAGUUUGGGAUUCAAAGGUUCAAAAGAGGAAUUUCCUGGCAGUGUUUUUGAUGCUCAGAAUUGGACUACAUAUUUCGAUGAUUGGACUUGAAAAAGUGAAAUUUCGGGUAACCUGGAGGCUGAGGACAAGGUUGAGGUUCAAGGUGGCCCGCUGGAGGUUUCAUGGAGCAAAGGUGAUGGAUCAAACCGCUAGGUUCUUGUGCAUCACUUUCUGGCAGUAUGUUCUUGAUUUCCUCACCGAACAGCAUUUUCUCAAACUUGACUAAUUUCCUUCUCGUAACAGUCA